AAGUUGGUAGUGCUAGUAUCUACAACUGUACAACAGUAUGUCAGUCUGAUAUUUAUUAGAAAUAGGUGCGGUUACAAAACACCCAAGUUUAUCAUCUUUUGUUUUAUUCAGCAAAUUUUUACUACCAAAAUUUACUGCUUUUCAAGACAACGCUAUAUGACAAAUUGCUUAACAAAGGCCUGAUUGUGAUAGAUUCAGUGUUAUUAUUUUCUCCAGCAGAUCGAACAACAGUGUCAUUGGACAAGACCAAUCAUCCGUUUCGUACAUGUGUAUUCUACAUAAUAGAAGUUUCUAUCAAAUUGUGAUCGGAUGUCAAUGCUGGGUUUGAUUUAAAAUACAAAGGUGAUAAAAGUGUAGUGAAUUGUGUAAUUUCGACAUUCGACAAAAACAUCGAUUUGGUCACUGCCGUUGCACCUGUCUCUAUACACCGGAAGAACAAAUGUUAUUUUAAGAUAAUUCUAUUCCCCUUGCGGGUAAUUAAAUAUGGUGGACUACUACAGAACAUUGGGUGUUUCAAAGACUGCUUCUGAAGCGGAGAUCAAAAAGGCUUAUAGAAAAUUAGCUCUUAAAUGGCACCCGGAUAAGAAUCCAGACAAUGCUGAUGAGGCUAACAGAAGAUUUAAGGAAAUAUCUGAAGCAUAUGAAGUUUUGUCUGAUGAAAACAAGAGGAAAGUAUAUGAUGCACGGGCUUCCAGUCACCACAGUCACAGAUAUCAAAGCAAGAAUGGAGUUAAUGGCCACCGACACUUUAGCUUCAAGGGGUUUUUCGGAGAGACACCUUUUCACCGAUUUUUUGAAAGAAAACGGCGUGUGUAUGAUCAGUAUGGCAAGGAGGGGCUGAACAACGGGCGCGGCCGGCGCUCCGCCCCCGACGAGGACUACGAGUUCGGAUACCACAGCUUCCCCUUCACAUUCCGAGACCCCGAGGAAGUAUUCCGAGAAUUUUUCGGUGGUUCUCCGUUUGGUGAUUUGUUUGCCGAUCUGAACGGGCACGGCUACCAUCACCGGCAUGGGAGGCGGAGUCAUCCGAGCACGUCGCUUACGUCUUCGCUGUUCAGCCCAUUUGGCCUGGGGCUGCAAGGGCUGGACGAUGCGUUCGCACACGCCGCCUUCAACGGCAACGCGUUCACCUCCUUUUCCACUUUCAACAGCUCGCUGGCCGGCCCCGGCAGCGCCAACAUGAAGAGCACCACAACCACCACACGCAUCGUCAACGGAAAGAAAAUCACCACUAAGAAGAUAACUGAGAAUGGAAGGGAGACUGUGAUGUCUUACGAGAAUGGGGUCCUGAAAUCAAAGACUGUAAAUGGUGUACCUCAAUCUCUCACAUACAGUUAGACUGUCUGCGAUGAUGACAACCAAACUCGAUCCAAAUGACAACCUGUACUCAUAUCUACUGCGCGAGUUACAUGUUCCAUUUAUCAUUUAGUUUUGCUUUAUUUAAUGUUAUAGGUUCUCUGACAUUGUAAAUUAAUUGCUGUAAUGUUAGAAAAUAUUGAGACGGUCAAAAUAUUAAUUCUAGUUCUACCUAGGCUAAUGUCGCUUGUUACUUUAAUUUGACAUAAAUUUAUUACUGCAGAAAAAAAUAAUACUGAAUAAAAUUUUAAGUAAUUUUAUUUGAAUAUUUUAAAAUAUAUGUGUUACGUUGUAUGGCACACCGAUUUUGAUCUCAGUCUCACGAAAAGAUCCUUGCUUCUUAUCUUAUCUUGCGAUAACUUUAGUGUUAGCGAUUGUUCGCAACGUUUUGUGCUAGUCGCAGGCGCAGUGGCAAUGGCGGGCGCGAGUGGGACUCUGAUUGUGUGGCAUCGUGUGGCAUCGUGCGCCUCGUGCGAUAACUUGUACACAUAUUGGGAGCUCACGUAAUUUGAUAAGUACCUAAUGUGUGACGUUGUCAGUAGAUUAAAUAGUUUUUAUUCAAUUUUAGUUCAGCUUUUUGAUUAUUUUAUCGUCGUAAUGAAAUUGCGUUCCUUUUGAUGUCCUAAUCAUUCUACUUGCAGU